AUGGCCGCUGCUCGGGGUGCCGGUGCCAGUGCCACGGCGGCGGCCCAGGGACAGGCGGAGGCGGAGGCGGAGGGGGGCUCCCUGUGGAUGGUUUUCCUCUCCACCGCGGUGGCCGUGUGCGGGUCCUUCGUGUUCGGCACCUGCGUGGGAUAUUCGGCGCCAGCACAAUCUGGGAUUGUGAACGAUUUUGGGCUCUCCAAUUCCGAGUACGGCGUAUUUGGGUCUGUGUUGACAAUUGGAGCAAUGAUGGGCGCUCUGACUAGCGGUCGCCUUGCAGACACUCUUGGGCGCAAAGUGACAAUGCGGUUGGCAGCAAUCAUUGGCAUUGUUGGUUGGUUUACCAUAUAUUUUGCCAAGGGUGCUACAAUGCUCUAUCUUGGAAGAAUCUUGCUCGGGUAUUGUACCGGAGUUCUUUCCUAUGUGGUGCCUGUGUUCAUAUCUGAAAUAGCACCGAAGGAUCUUCGAGGAGGCCUUGCAUCUUCAAAUCAGUUGUUCAUUUGCUCAGGAUGUUCAGCUGCUUACAUUAUUGGGGCACUUCUUUCAUGGCGGUCUUUGGUUCUAGUAGGCUUAGUGCCUUGUGCGUUCCUCCUUGUUGGGCUUCUCUUCAUUCCAGAGUCUCCUAGGUGGCUGGCCAAUACAGGGAGAGUGAAAGAAUUUCAAGCUUCAUUGCAAAAGCUUAGAGGGGAGAAUGCUGACAUAUCUGAAGAGGCUACUGAUAUUAGAGAAUAUAUUGAAUCACUUCGUAGCUUACCUAAGGCCAGGGUUCAAGAUUUGUUUCAGAGCAAAAAUAUGUAUGCAGUCAUUGUGGGUGUUGGACUGAUGGUCUUCCAGCAGCUGGGAGGAAUAAAUGCCUUGGGAUUUUAUACAAGCUAUAUCUUUUCGUCUGCAGGGUUUUCUGGAAAGCUUGGGACCACCUUGAUUGGAAUUUUUCAGAUUCCAAUCACCUUCUUUGGAGCCCUUCUGAUGGAUAGGAGUGGAAGAAGAGCACUUCUAUUGGUCUCUGCAUCUGGAACAUUUCUUGGCUGCUUUCUGACUGGACUAUCAUUCUACUUCAAGUUACAAGGACUGUACACACACCUGGUCCCAACACUGGCUCUUUAUGGCAUAUUGGUGUAUUAUGCUGCAUACUCAGUUGGAAUGGGACCUGUUCCUUGGGUUAUCAUGUCUGAGAUAUUCUCAAUUGAAAUAAAAGCAAUAGCCGGCAGCUUGGUAACCCUGGUCAGCUGGAUUGGUUCCUUCGCAAUUUCCUACUCAUUCAACUUCCUCAUGGAUUGGAACUCUGCAGGCACCUUCUUCCUGUUCUCUGCCGCGAGCUUGGUUACUGUGUUGUUCGUGGCAAGGUUAGUGCCUGAAACAAAAGGGAAGACACUCGAAGAGAUCCAAGAGUCGCUGACAUGACAGAUCAAGACAUUGAGCUUAGUGAUUUGGCAAAAAAUAAAGACAUUGAGCUUACUAAAUCCUAUUUAGUAACGGUCGCUAUCCUCUCGAACUAUUUGUAAAUCCUAUUUAGUAAUCGUCGCUAUCCUCUCGAAUUAUUUGUAAAGCCUAAAGAUAUGAUCUUGCCACUUGUAAACUCGUGUGUUUAUGCAGAACCCUACGUCGUUUCUGUAGUGCAUCAGUGCCUCUCGAUAUUAUGUACCAACAGUUCAACCCACUUCUGUUUUCUGUUGGCUUUUCCUUUAUUU